CAAUAUUAUCAAUGACAAAAUUUCCACCUCCCACCGUGGGUUUGACCGCAGUCUCAACUCACCAAGCACCGAAACAAUGGCUAGACAAACUCGAUCCGGAAUGGGCUGAGAUAUGGAAUACUCAUGGUGGACGCCACUGUAAAGCCGAGGAAGUUUCCAUCGAGGAAGUCCGUAAAAACCCCGCGAAAUACAGCUUGACAUAUCCAACCUGGGCAGGACCCCAAGUGCACCAAGAGAAAGAACUGGAGAUACCCGUGAACAAACCUGCUGGUCAGAUGAAGAUUCGUGUAUAUACGCCAGAAGGUGUUGGGCCUUUUCCAGUGCAUUUGAAUUAUCAUGGCGGAGGAUGGAUAUUAGGGGGCCUUCAUAGUGAAGCUGCCUGGUGUCGCAGCGUGUGUAACAAGGCUGGAAUCGUGGUUGUAGAUGUCGAUUACCGGCUGGCACCCGAGUUCGUGUUCCCAGCGGCGAUACAUGAUUCUUGGGAUGCCAUACAAUGGGUGAUAUCACAUGCAAAACAGCUGAACAUCGACCGGGGUUGGGUAUCGAUUGGCGGUCUCUCAGCCGGAGGACACAUGUCUGCCGUUCUUUCGCACAUGGCGCGCGAUGUAGGGCUCGAACUCAAGCUAGCGUUGAUGGUUGUGCCGUCGACUGAUUUCAGAUGGUUGAUUGCAGCAGAACCACUUCGUUCAGAGGUCGCGAUGGAGUAUCCAAGUACAGUAUUGUACAAGGAUGCGCCAUGGGGCGGUCUGAAGAGAGAACAGUGGUUCUUGGACUAUUGGAUUCCGAAAGGUCUAAGGGAGGCCGCGUGCGAGGACUGGAUGGCCUCGCCGAUACUUGCAAAGUCUUUUGAGAAUCUUCCUCCGACGCAUAUCAUCACAGCUGAAUUCGACAUCUGCCGGGAUGAGGCGCAAAGGUAUGGGGAGUUACUGGCUCAACAUGGCAACAAGGUAACCCAGAAGUGUUACUCGGGAGUCCCUCAUGCUUUUGGGCACUACACCGAUCCGCAAAAGGGACUAAGCAAAGGCCGAGAUGACCCAAGGACUGUGUCGCAUGACCGUGUAUCGUCAUGCUCAACUGGCCCGGCUAUAGCUGGUCAACAAUCUGACGAUACCAUUACGAGCAAUACGCAAUUCGAACUGCAGCCGUCAAACGAGCUGCCAGGCAACGACAUGCAGUACAGCGGUAUUCAGGAUUUCGGAGGUCUUACACCCGGCUUCCUACUGUCUGGUGAUAUGCCUGAUCCCCAAGAAGGUUUCUGGCUUGAUCAGGCCAUGAUCGACAUUGACAUGCAGGCAUUCGAUCACCUGAAUACUUCUCCGGACCAUGAAGUGGCUCAUCAAGUCGCUCUGCAAUCCCCAAGUCAACCUCAAAGUGACGCACCAAGUAUACUUUGCGGCCUCACCGGAGAUAUGGAUCCUUAUCUCAUGCGACGAUACAACUUUGAUGCUGAUCACAGCUUUGUCUUCAAGCGACUUGCUGUGCAAUCCAUGUCACAGGAUGUCCAUCCGGUCCAGCUGCUUGUAAACAACGCGACUGAACACGUCGACACGUCAGAUGAUGACGCCACUCGAAGACACUUGGAACAACUUGUAAGCCCAGAUGUCGGAGUCAGACUGAUCUCCCUGUACUAUCAAUUCGUCUACCCUCAAGUUCCUGUGAUACCUAUGACGCAGUCACCAGAUCCGACACUGUCAGAUCCAUCCCUUCUUGCUGCAAUCUACCUUGUCACGCUCUCAUUCGCUAGCUUUGACGACUACCUCUCUGUCCAGAUAGCCUAUGACUUGCCGGACGCAGAAAAGUUGUGGCAGCUGGCAUUGACCACUGUUCAGCGAAGGUUGCACCGAUCAGACUUUGCUACCCUGCAGACAGUAACACUGCUUCUAGUUGCGCCAUCGCACAACCCAUUGGUGCCAGAUUAUUCGACAAAGUGGUCACUUGUUGGUACAAUGGCUUGCAAUUUGACCCAAGCCAUUGGAAUAUUCCGCCCCCGAGAUGGACCUUCGAAAGCGCUUGUCAUGGACCGUCGAGAUGAUCGAUACCUGGCAUGCCGCGACACUUGGUCGAAGUUGUCUGAUACGCGAAGACGACUGGCUGGUUCCGAUGCCACAAUCCACAGACUUCUCGCAGCAAGAAAGUCAGACAAUAAUGCAGAAGCAUUUUGUUCACAUGUUGACCUUACUUCUGCGACAAGUAUUGACAACACUGUUGUGAGCGUUACACCAAGUGGAGUUUUUGUUUACGAGACUGACCUGCACAGUUCACUCAGAGCAGUCCAAAUCCUCGCGAGGGAUUAUGACACGACGUUACGCAAGGUACAGCUGAUUAUGGAAGAGCUGAAUAGGUGGUCAGGAGUAGCCUCUGAGAUUGAAUCGGAAGCAAAGUCCGAAGACGUCAACCUGUCAGGCCCCAUGUUGCUUGGAGGCCACUUUGUAAAGGUGCUCCUGUUCCGCGCUAUACUCAGACCGUUUCAAAAUGCAGCUCGAAACGCGGUAGAGCCAGCAGAUCCACGCGAGGCCGAAGCGCUUCGAUUAUCGAGAGCUGGAGCGAAGGCUUGCGUCACAAGCUUUGUGGCAUUCACGACGGACCUCAAGAGUAGUUGGAUACAGGGGUUUUGGCCAUUUUGGUGUACCUUGGCGUGGUCCACUCUCUGCAACCUUGCACUUCUACUUUAUGCAUCUGCGGAUAGUGUCGAAGAAGCUCAAGAAUGUCAAGUCCUCCUUGACCGGGCUCGAAGAGUCAUCAGACUACACUCGAAAUCGCUCGACAUCUUACGAUUCCCACUCUUGCGCAUCGAUAGCAUAUUCUGGAAAGGAUUGGAAAACGUUCUUACAACCAAUCUACAACAUCCGCGACAAGUA